AUGCAGCAAAAUGACAGAGGUCCCACAAGCAAAACCGGGCAGGGUACGCGGUGGGCCUGCGGAAACCGGCGAGGAGAGCGGGGCCGGGACGGGGCCCUGGCAGAGCCGGGGCGGGGUCGCGGGUGCCCGGUACACUUGCGCUGGGUUGGAGCGGCUAGCCGCUGGCCCACCGGAAGUCCUACGUCCUGGAGCCCCGGUCCUCGGCAGCGGCGGGUUCCUGGAGGUGGGCAGCAACUAGAAGCGGGGGAAUCAAAGGUGUUCUCAGUUGUGAAAGAGGAGAGUUUGGACAGCAGAACAAAAAAGGAAGAUAGCCCCCUGGAGCAGAUACCUUUGACACAGGAGGCCAGUUCAAACCCUGCAAAGGCCUUUGCCAAGUCUCUCCAUCUACUCAGUCGCUGGAAGGUAGAUAGCCCCAGGAUGGAGCCUAGUCAGCCUUGGGGGCCAGGCCAGGCAAGGAUAAAGCUAAAAACAGACAGCAUGGAAGAGAAGGUGUCUGACCAGCCGAAGCCAGUGGAACCUGUACAGAAGCUGCUCCCUCAGGUGGAUGAGGAGGACCUGCUGAAAGCCCAGAAGGGAGAGUGCUGGUGGAAGAUGUGGGUGAAGAAGCCAGUCACCUUUGAGGAUGUGGCAGUGACCUUCACCCAGGAAGAGUGGAAAUGUCUAGAUACCAGUCAGAGGGUCCUCUACCAGGAUGACAUAUCAGAGACUGUCAGAAACCUGAUGUCUGUGGAUCUGAUCGCCAAGCUUGAGCAAGAAGAGAAACAGUGGGAAGCAGAUCUCUGUUCCCCGAAUGGAGAAGGCUUUCAUUCAGGAGGCAAGAAGGAAGGAUGCCAAGAACAGAGUCAAAGUUUGGGAGAUGAAGGGACUGUUGAUGACAAGAAGGCCUCCCUUGCUCACAGAGGCUCAGGCCCAACCUCUCCUCCAGCUGGGUCCCCGGACAAGACGCCAGCGUUGCCAGAAUCCUGGGCUCGGCCAGCCUUUACCUGUCACACCUGUGGCAAGUGCUUCAGCAAGCGCUCCAGCCUCUACAACCACCAGCUUGUUCACAACAGCGCCCAGUGUGGGAAGUCCUUCCAGAACCCCAAGGACCUCAGCUCCGGCCGGCGCAAGCAACUCAGGGAGAGGCCCUUCCGCUGCUCGCUCUGUGGCAAGACCUACUGCGAUGCUUCUGGACUGAGCAGUCACCGCCGUGUCCAUCUGGGCUACCGGCCGCACGCGUGCCCCUUCUGUGGGAAGUGCUUCCGGGACCAGUCUGAGCUCAAACGUCACCAGAAGACGCACCAAGGCCAGAAGCUGGGGGCUGGAAACCAGAAGCAUAUUGUGAGGACUCCGGAUACCAGAGCUGGAUUACAGGGGCCAGCAACAGGGAACCACGCACCAGUGGCUGGGACCCAAGGACCCACACUUAAAACCAAGGUGUUGGAAACUCAGCCCCAGCCGUCAAUAGACAGGAACCAGGCACCUUCCACCAAGAACCUGCCUGUGACCAGAACCCUGGCAGCCAACAUGCGAGCCACCCGGCUGAACACCAAGUCCAACUCUCACCCAGAGAAGCCUUCAAGACGCAAGGUCUUCUCUUGCCCUCAUUGUCCCUUGACUUUUAGCAAGAAAACCCGUCUCUCCAGUCAUCAGAAGGUCCAUUUCACAGAGCAGUCCAACCGCUGCUUCCACCAUGGCAAGUCCUUCACUUUAUUCUCCGGGCUGAUCCGGCACCAGCAGACUCAUUGGAAGCAGAGGAUCUACUGUUGCCCUAUCUGCAAUGUCUGCUUUGGGGAGAAAGAGGACCUUUUGGGUCACUGGGGAGGGGGGGGCUACAGAAGCAAGGGGCUGUUCCUGGGCAGUCCCCACAAGUGCUGGGCCAUCCUGGGUCAGUGGCUCAGCUUCUUUCCCAAUGCCUCUGCUGUGGCAGGGAAGGAAAUGGAUCUUUCUCCUGGAUCUAGACCCUCAGGAAAGGGGAGGAAGGGAGAGGAAAAGGCACACAGAAGAAAGAAAGCAGAGAAGGCAGUGAAGGUCUUGGAAGGGAAAUGAAUGGCCUGUCCGCCCGAGGUCUUUCUCUGUUUGGUUUUCCAGAGGAAUGACCUCCAGGGUAAGGAGACUGGGAUAGAGGAAGAGAGGUGAGGGGAUAGUGGAGGACAUACAGAAAGGAAAGGGGACAAGAAGUGGCACUUGGAAACUUGUAUUGUUAUUAAUUAGCACCUAGCUUGUUUCUUUGUGUCUGAUAGACCAUCAAGUAGUAAUUGUUCAAAAAGACAGUGGAUCUUCAAUAGGUAUGAAGAUGGGAGGGAAAGGAUGAGAGAAGGGGAAGUCUGAG